AGUGUCUUUUCCCAUGGGCCACAUGAGUUCACUCAUCUCUUCCCUGAGAGGUUGCUGGGCCCAAGCCAGCUCUGCCCCGGGGUUUGAGUCAUUCAGUUUGUUCUGCACCUGUUCUCUCCAUCCUUAUCCUCUCUACUUGUUUUGUGUGUGUGUGUGUGUGUGAUUUCUUUAUUUCUUUGUUUGAGGGUUAGCACUACAGAGACAGGGAGAGACAGAGACAAAGGGCUUCCAUCUGCUGGUUCACCACUGAAAUGGCCUCAUUGCCUUGCUCUGGGCUGAUCUGAAGCCAGGAGUUUAUCCGGGCCUCCCACAUGGGUACAGGGGCCCAAGCCCUUGGGCCAUCUUGCACUGCUCUCCUAAGCGAUAAGCAGAGAGCUGAAUUGCAAGAGCAGCAGCCGGGACAUGAACCGGCUCCCACACGGGAUCCUGGCCCGGCUGACAGAGGCUUCCCCUACAAAGCCACAGCCAGGCCCCAUCUCCUUCUCCUUCAAAUCAGCUGUGCAGAAAUCCUGCCUGAACCCCAUGCUCCCAUUAAUGAGAUUGCAGGGAUGUGUGGGAAGGAUCCCUCCUCCAAUAGGCGUGAAAACAAGACCUGUGUCUUUUCCACAUAAAUUUUGAGGUGCUUUUUCUAGUUAUAUGAAUCAUGUGCAUCAUAUUUUUGUGGGGAUUGCCUUGAAUUUGUAAAUUGCUUUGUAUAGAGUAGACGUUUUCAUCAUGAUAAUUCUUGUAAUCCGUGGACAUGGAUGUCUUUCUAGUUUUUGUGCCUGCUUCAGUUUCUUUCACUGAUGUUUCCUAAUAGUCAUGGUAGAGAAGACACUAAGAAACGGACAAGUAGGAGUACUUUCUACAAGGCUUGGCAAACGUUUUAACGAGCUGUGGGGGCAAAGCAUUGAGGCCUGUCUGUGUCUAGCACACUGUAACUGCUCAGUCACAUUAGUUCUUACCAGUCCAUCACCAUCUGCUCUUUCAGAAUCUCCUCAUUGCCUUAGACACAUGGAUAACUGGUCAUGGUGUGAUGGACCAUUCUAGUCACAUAUGUUAAUGUCCCUCAAAUGAUUCAAAUGUUUAGUAUUAUUAAUAAUGCCUCAAGGGGCAUCAUCUACAUAUAUUUGGUAUGUCCCUUAUUGAUUGUGAAAGUAUUUCUCCAGGUUGUAAUCCUGUAAAGGCAAUUGCAAGAUCAAAGUUCUGGUACAUUCCUGAUGGUGUUGUUCUGGCCCCAUUGCCUGGCAAGAAGAUUUUCCUGUCCACAUUCGCAGCCACUGAUGAGAAUGUUCUUUUCUAUCUCCCUUGCAGAAACUAGACAGCCCCUGUUACCUUCUGUUAACUUUUACCAGCACUUAACUCUUUAUUGUGAGAUUUUAUCAACUCAGAUUACACUCAAGAGGCCUGGAAAGGCUGUGAUCAAUAGGAUGGUCUGUGUUCUCUUGUAUUUGAUGGCUGUUCUAUUCUGAGAUAGUCAGACACCAGCAAUGCGAGCACAUGGAGUCUUGAAUGGUGAAUGCCACUGCAUAUUGGGUUCCUGCAGUGUUCUGGAUUUUGUGUGAGGCCCUCGGUUCUCUGUUGCUCUUUCCUCUCUUUCUGCUUGCAUCCUUAUUCUUUCUUUCCACUGACUUGGGAUUGGUCUGCUCCUGUUUUUCUAGGAUUUUUGAGAUACCUUGUUAGGUUAUUUGAAGUCUUUCUAAUUAUUUGAUGCAGGAACAUCAAAUAAUAAUCCCAUACACAUUCCACUGAGUACUACUUCUAGAAUUUCCCAUCAGAUUCAGUGUGUUGUGCUUCCAUUUUAAUUGGAUUCAUGGAAUUUUUAAAUUUCCCUCUUGGUUUCUUAUCCAGCCUUUAUGUAUUUGCAUAACUUUAGGGGUUCUUGUGUUGUUGAUUUCUAGUGUUAUAGCAUCCAUGUUCCAUGUGCAGAUGAAAAGAAUGUGUAUUCUGCAGCUGUGGAGUGAAGUAUUCUGUAGUCAUCUGUUAUGGCCAUUUGGUCUGUAGCAGUUUCUCUCUGACAUUUGUUAAUUUUUUUUCCCAGGUGAUCUCUUUCUGUUGAUGAAAGAUUCAAUGUGUUUGAAUUUCAUUGAAGAGGCCUUUCACAUCCUGGUUGAACUUAUCACAAGCAGCAUUGCCUAGCAGAAAAGCUGGGUCCACAGAGGUCCAGAAGGAAUCUCUACUCUCCCUGGCUCCAGGAGAUAACAAGAAGAACGUGGGUCUCCACACAGAAAUGACCUCCAUGAGGUCUGACACUCUCCAGCACUGCAGCAGAGGAGAGAGCCUGAGGGGGAAUCCCAGAGCGGCAGAAAUAGCAGUGCUUUAUCUGAAGUCCACAAAACCCAACAAUGCAUUCUUGGAAGACAAGAGCCAUGCUCGGGACAGGGAAGCUGGAAGUCAAAGCUCAUGGGGCGGCCCUCCCUCCAUCAGGUGCUGUGGUGCCGAGACAACCUUUUAGUCUCUAUGGACCUCAGGUUCCUCAUCAGUGAGAUCCGGAGCUGAAUCCACAGCCUGAGAAGCCAGAACUGAAGGUGCAGAUGAAGGACGACCAGCAGCUCUCUGGGACAUGAGAAUGACCCAGAGAAUGACAAGUCCCUGUUGUCCUGCUGUGACACACCAUCAGCAUGGCAGGAUCCCACAGCCCUGCAUCAGAUCCCGUGGCAGAAGUGAACGACCUCGAAUGCCAGCAGUUGCGAUCCCAGCUGGCAGAGAGCCAACAGGACUACUGGGAGCUCAAGGAGAAGUUUCUCAUAGCUGAGGCUACAAACUUUGCCCUGGCCAAGGAGCUGAAAAAAUACAAUUGUGAGAAGUUUAAAAACAUCAUUGAGUCCAUACUGACCAAGAAGCUCCACUUUGAGGAGCCGCUGGCAGAGAAGCCCACGGUCCCAGAGCUGCUCAGGCAUUGCCGUGGCAUCCUUGAAGAUCAGGACCAAGAACUUUCCCAGUUGCGUCCCAAGGUCCAAAGGGGGAGAAAUCUAGCCCACAUCCUGCAGCAGUUCCUGAAGGACGUGCGCACCCUGCAUGACCCUGAGACCUGCAAGGGGCAGGGCUUCCGACGACUACUCACCGAGGCUGUCCGGCUGUCAGCGUGCCUUGAGGACCUGCUUGGAGCAGAAAAUAUUGAAGAGGAUGAAGCACCAGCACAAGGACUUGUUGCUGACAGGGAGCUCUUGGAAGUGGAUGAAAUGGAAACCGCACAAAGUUCACAGCAGGAAACAUCUACCACUGGUGCUGUUGACCACCUGCCGAGUGACUCCUGCCUGACUGGCCUGACUGAGAGCACUGAGCAAUGGACUGGUGAUGCUGAGGACACCCACAGUGUGCUAGGUGUAGAUGGGGAACACGCCUGUUCGCACCAGAAAGAAGAACCUGUCACCGUUCUCCCAGAAAAUCAAUAUGACGAAGUGGAGGUACAAAUGCAAGAUAUCACAUACACCUCCAGCAGGGAGCUCCCAGAGCAGCAAGAGCGGGAAGACCCAGACGAUGCACUGGACGAGUGCUACCUCACUCCCUCGAUUUUUCCGGUCGUUUCUGAGCCUGACCAUUCCACGUGGAGCAGCUGGUGCUCCCUGGAGCAUCAGGACGUGCUCUCUGUUCCAGAUGCAGAUGAAAAGGAAAAUGACAAUGAUGACGUGGAAGUGGAAACACAAGCCCUGUCACACUCCAGUCACAUCAGGGAGAUUCCAGAGAUUGAAGAUCAAGAUGUCUCACAAGACUCUCACGAAAAUCAAUAUAAUGAAGUGAAGAUGCAAGAGCAAGAUGGCACAAACACUUCCAGUCUCAUCAGGGAGAUUCCAGAGAUUGAAGAUCAAGAUGUCUCACAAGACUCUCACGAACUGAGUUUGGUUGCUGCUCCUGAGAGGAAGACCCGUUCCCAGCUGGAGGGAGGUCCUCACAAAGAUCUCAUCACCAGCACCUGUGAGAAUCAUAGCAUCAGCCCCAGCGAUGUCCCGAGUUCCCCAAAAGGAGAUGUUAUCAAAGGAAAACGGAAGCCCAGGAAAUGGGAACUGGCCUGCAGGUUCCCUGGCCUGGAGAUGAAGCGCAAACCACAGCCCACGGAAAGGAAAAUCGCAUGCCAAUUCCCUGGCCUGGAGAUAAAGGGCAAACCACAGACCAACAUGUGGGCACUGGCAUUCAGAUUCCUGGGCCUCCCUGCCUAGGAUCCAGAGAUCCCAAAUACAGUUGGAAGUAUAGAACAGUAUUGCUGAUUGUAACAUCCCCACCUCUUCAAAACAUCUAACACAGGAGCUCCGCUUCAACAGCAACCAGAACACCAAGAACGCAAUUUCAACCCCAUGAACUGCCCUCGGCUAUUUGUAUCCACCAGGCUGCUUCCCUGAGAGCUGGCACCGUCUUCCACCUCCAAUCCGAGCAAACACCUAAGGAGACCCAGGCCUGACUCCACAGCUGCUCCCGAGAGAACACCACCUGGCUCCUCUCCAACUGCCUCCUGUAGAGAUCUGGGGUCAGGAGGAGCUGGAAGCAAACAGCAUAGGACCCUGGGCACACACUGCCUUUGGAUGGGGCGGGCUCAGUGUGGGCAGUGUCAGAGACACAGCGCCCUGCGCACAAGGCUGCGUGUGAGCAGAGGAGAGGAUCGGACUCUGCAGGACGUGGACCCUGGCCCAGACAGCUGGCCCUCUCCUUCACACAGCCAGCGUUCCGCAUAGAGGACAGCAGGAGGAGGAGACUUUGGGGCUCCAAAGGACAGGGAGGGUCUCUUUCCUCCUUUUGAACCCCAACCAUCUCCCCCUUCUGCUGUCUUCCAUGAUGGGAACGCUGACUGUGUGAAGGCGGCAGGCCAGGUGUCUGGCUCGGGGUCUGCAUCCUGAAGAUCUCUGAUGCUUUCCUCAAUUUUGCACUCAGCCUCACUCUUUGGCCAAGCACCAGAUGCAGGGAGUGCUGUGUGCUCCCUCCCACAUCCCCGCAGGAGGCAGAGAACCUCUUGUGUGCCCAUCAGGUCCCCUGGCCCUGGCAUCGGUCAGUGGUGAAAGCUGUCUGUUGAUCUGUACAUCCUAAAGAUGUGCUCCUUCCUCUGUAUUCCUAACAACUGUGGAGAGGGUGACCCCUCAGAGCCUGAGCAAAAAGGGAGUGAGCAGCGGCCCUGGCGGAGGUGCGGUCAUCAACCCAGGAGGUGGCCGUGGAUGGGCGUGAUAACAGCAAGUUCAUGGUGAUGAAUGCAGCAGUGUGGCCAGGAGGGGCCAGGUGGGCGAGGUGGGCUGAGCCUGCAUCAAGGAACCGGACACCUCUCUGAGCACUCCUCUCUCCACACCCAGAGUCAGGCAGCCCAGAUGCGGGCAGGACCUCAGCUGCUGGUCCUGCCAACUCCAGUAGUGUUGCAGGAGAACUGGGGGCUCCUGAUGCAGGACGUGGGCCAAGGCAUCCAGAGCCCCAGCAAACAGCAAGGCCGUGUUCCUGCCGGGCCUGAGGCAGCUGCAGGACUUGAGGGGCCAUAUGCCUGCCCCCUGUCAUGGAAAACCGAGUCCUCGCAGAUUCUGGACGCCCGCUGCUUAGUAGGUGCUCCUGGGCAAAGAACAAACCGAGCCAAUGGCACCGCUGCCCUGUGGUGGACCUGUUUCUCAUUAAGAUAUCGCUGUCCAGGCCCAUAAGUGUCUCCAGUGUCCUGGAGUGUAACUGGAAUCUCAAAAGUUUUGAUUCAGAUCCAAAUAUGUAUUCCCUGUUUUAGUUAAGUGUUUUUAAAAAGAAAAAUUCCAAAAACAAUUAAAAAUUAAAAAAAAAAACAAAAAAUUUAAAGUAAAAAUAGAAAAGAAA